AUGGAAACAACGAAAACUACUUCUGAGAUAAAUAUAUUAACAAAAAAUGAAGGAAAAAAUAAUAUUGUGAAUGAAGAAAAUGUUGAUAAUGAUAAAAAAAAAAAAAAUUAUGAUAAAUCAAUUGAAGAAAUAAAAAUAGAAAAUAAAAAUUGCUAUAUAUCAAAAAUUAGUGAACCCUUAUUAAAAAAAAAGUAUUAUAAAAAUUUUUUAAAAAUUCUAGAUUAUGCAUAUUAUGCUAAAGUAAGUGCAUCUCAUAUUAUAAAAACAAAUAUAAAUUUAGAUGAGGAAAGAAAAAAAAUAUUAAAAACAAAAUUUAUAGUUAUCGGAUUAAGUCAAGUAAUAAAAGCUAUAAGAAAAGGAUUUCAAGGUAUAGUUAUUUUAGCAGUAGAUAUUUUUCCUAUUAAUAUAAUUUGCCAUUUACCCGCAUUUUGUGAAGAAUCUAAUAUUCCUUAUACGUUUGUUACAACAAAAAAUAAAUUAGCUCAUUUGUGUAAAUUAAAAAGAUCAAUUACAUGUUUAUUUAUAUUUAAACCAAAUGAUGAAAUAUACAAAUUUGAAGAAACUAUAAAUGAAUAUAAUAAUAAACAAAAAAUUGUUAAUUAUGAAAAACUUUAUGAUAAAUUAUUAAAAGGAGUAAAAAAGAAUCAUCCUUUUUUUCAGUCAUAA